AUGACUCAGAUCCACGGAACCUGUGACCCCAGGUUCCACGACGUUCAGACUCUUCUGGAGAAGUACCUCGAGUCAGGUGAAGAGAUUGGUGCCUCAAUCACCAUCGAUAUUGACGGCAAAGAAGUGGCGGACAUCUGGGGCGGCUACGCAGACAAGGAGCGAACUAAGCCAUGGGAAAAAGAUACAAUCGUUAAUGUAUUCUCGUGCACAAAAACCAUCACCAGUCUCGCGGUUCUCAUGCUCGUCGACAGAGGUUUGAUUGAUGUCAACGAGCGCGUCUCACACUACUGGCCCGAAUUUGAGCAAAAUGGAAAACAGGAUGUUCUAGUCAGACAUUUGUUGGGUCAUACGUCUGGUGUUUCAGGCUGGGAAGAACCAUUGUCGACUGAAGACAUGUAUGAUGUUGAAAAGACGACUGCUAUGCUAGCAAGACAAGCUCCAUGGUGGACUCCUGGAACGGCAUCGGGAUAUCAGGCUUUGUGCUCGGGACAUCUACUUGGAGAGCUGAUCAAGCGUGUCUCUGGGAAGUCACUGCGCGAGUUAGUGGAUACCGAGAUCGCGAGCGUCCUGGAUGCCGACUUCCAGAUUGGCGCAGCGGAGAAGACCUGGGACCGCAUCUCUCCUAUCAUUCCCCCAGACUUUACAGGAAUCAUACCAGAGUUUGAAGAAGGAUCAGUCCAAGCCAAGACGCUACUCAAUCCACCACUUGACCCCAACUCCGUGAACACGGGGCCUUGGAGACAAGCUGAGUUAGGCGCUGUGAACGGCCACGCCAACUCCCGCUCACUGGCGCGGAUCCUCUCUGCAAUCACAUUGGGUGGCUCAUCCAGAGGCAAGAAGCUUCUAUCUGAGGAGACUAUCAAGUUGAUCUUCCAGGAACAGUCUAAUGGAAAGGACUUGGUUCUUGGAUUACCGUUCAGACUUGGCAUUGGAUAUGGGCUGACACCCUCUCCAGCACUUCCAUGGAUCCCAGAGGGCAAGAUCUGUUUCUGGGGCGGUUGGGGAGGCUCGACUAUCAUCAUGGACUUGGAUAAGCGUAUGACGAUUGCGUAUGCUAUGAAUAAGAUGGGCGGUGGACUUGUUAGUAGUGAUCGGGCUGAGGCUUAUGGAAAGGCGAUUUAUCAAGCUCUUGAGAAAUAA